GACAGGUGAAUUCAGGGAUGUGACCGUGCGUGCCACGCAUGCACCGCUGGAGCGCACGACUCCGGUCGCACCGCCCUCCUGUCCGCCUGCCGCCGGGGAAGAGCAGAAGAAAGAGCAGACCGGAGCACAACAUCAACAGCCACGGGACCAUAGAAGGGAUGUGGCAGCGAUCUCGACAGCUAGAGAUGCAUGAAAUUCUCAAAGUUUGUCUUCUGUGAGAGCUGAAGACAAAGAGAACACCUAAACGCGAGAGGGAAGGAAACUAAUCGCGCGGAGGUGCAUCAGCCGCUGCAGAAAUCUCCCGCCUGCCUGCCCGGACUCUGGCGUUCCGAGAUCGCGAAGCGCGUCGGGUGCCCGUACCGAGCCAAAUUCAGCCAAUCUAACAGGAGACAAGAUAGAGAGAGAAAGGAAGAGAAAGCAGCCCACUUCUUCAGAUACCCCCCCCCCCCUUCCCCCCCCGCUGACACCUGCGUUUGGACCACCCGCAUUGUCUGGAUGUUGAUGCAUUGAGACCUUGACAUUUGAAGCCCAAGUUCCUACAGAUCUUAAUGGAAUGCAGCCAGAUACAUUACUAAUGAGUUAAGCCUGGAAGACCCCUGCCACUUUGAUGUGUGAGCACACCCACCAAUAAUGGCCCAUAGGAUACGCAGUGGAAAUACAGCUGAGGCAGACGUGUUCAUGUAUCCCGUUCAGGCCAACCUGCAGACUUUCUCCCACAAACACAUCUGACUUUUACAAGAUCCCAGUGAGAGUGUGUACAGCAUGAGGCUGGUGUGGAAAUCCCUGGACAAGAUGAGGUGUCUGCGGAAACGCUCCACUAUUCCCUUCCUCGGCUUCCUCAUCACCUUCCUCCUGUUCCUGAACCUCUACAUUGAAGAUGGCUACGUGCUGGAAGGGGAUAAGAGACAGCUACGGGAAACAUCCGUCCACCCUUCGAGCUCAGAGCGAUACGUUCACACCUUCAGAGACCUGAGUAACUUCUCUGGAAGCAUUAAUGUCACUUAUCGUUAUCUCGCUGGAACCCCACUGAACCGCAAGAAGUAUCUCACCAUUGGACUUUCAUCAGUCAAACGAAAAAGAGGAAACUACCUACUAGAGACGAUCAAAUCCAUCUUUGAUCAGUCCAGUUACGAGGAACUCAAAGAGAUUGUAGUUGUGGUCCACCUGGCAGACUUUGACCUGGUCUGGUGUGAGAACCUGGUGCAGGAAAUCACCAGGAAGUAUGCCCACCACAUCAUAGCCGGACGCCUCCUGGUGAUCCAGGCACCAGAGGAGUACUAUCCGUCUCUGGACGGGCUAAAAAGGAACUACAAUGACCCGGAGGACCGGGUCCGUUUCCGCUCUAAGCAGAACGUGGACUACGCUUUCCUCCUCAACUUCUGCACAAACCUCUCUCACUUCUACAUGAUGUUAGAGGAUGACGUGCGCUGCUCCAGGAACUUCCUGACGGCGCUGAAGAAGGUGAUCACCUCCAGAGAAGGCUCCUACUGGGUGAUGCUGGAGUUCUCCAAGCUGGGCUACAUCGGGAAGCUGUACCACUCCAGAGACCUGCCCCGUCUGGCUCAUUUCCUCCUCAUGUUCUACCAGGAAAUGCCCUGCGACUGGCUCCUCAUCCACUUCAGGGGUCUGCUGGCCCAGAAGGACGUGAUCCGCUUCAAGCCCUCGCUGUUCCAGCACAUGGGCUACUACUCCUCUUACAAAGGAGCAGAGAACAAGCUGAAAGACGACGACUUUGAGGAAGACUCCAUAGACAUCCCUGACAACCCUCCUGCCAGCCUCUUCACAAACAUCAACGUCUUUGAAAACUAUGACGCCACCAAGGCUUACAGCACUGUUGAUGAAUAUUUCUGGGGGAAGCCUCCUUCCACAGGAGAUUUCUUUGUCAUAGUCUUUAAUAAAUCUACCAAAAUUAGUAAGAUUAAGAUUGCUACUGGUUCUGACGACCGUCAGAAUGACAUUCUUCACCACGGAGCUCUGGAAGUUGGAGAGAAACUAGUUGGGACUAAAAAAGGGAAACAGUGUUCCUCUUAUAUUACAUUAGGGGAGUUUAAAAAUGGCAACAUUGAGGUUCAAGACGUAGACCACAAAAUUGCCUUCGACAUUGAGUGUGUUCGCAUUGUGGUGACAGCCAGUCAGAAAGAAUGGCUCAUUAUUAGAAGUAUUAGUUUAUGGACUACACAACCCCCCAGCCAAUAAGGACUAUAAACAAAGACUCUUAGUAUGUCAUAGAGGCAAAGGUUUUUAUUAUUAUUAUUAUUUACUAAUGUAUGUAUUUCCAGGUUUAUUUAUUCAUUUUGUAUGUAUUUAUUUAUAAUAAUUUUGAUUGCCAAAUCAAUCUAUAGUUUUUAUACCUGCAAGUUGUAACCUUAGUGGAGCAUCUUCCAAGUCAUUCGUAUGGACUAUUCAGCUGACCUCAGAGUAUUCAUGAACAUUUGUUUUCUGUCUUUCUUUCUUUCAUUUAGAUUUUGAUAGCUGUCCUUAACAUAGGGCUGGACGAUAAUUCAGGGUUGUGUUUUACCAACUUUAAGUGAUAUUAUGACAUUCUUCUGUACAAAUCCUGUGAAAAGACCAACACCAACAAUAAAUUGAUCGCACUAACAAGUAGUGUCAUGUAGCCAAAGUCUUAUAUAUCUUUUUCCUAUGUGCCAUAGACCUCCAUUGUUGUCCAAAAUCAGUGAGCCAUACCAUUUUAUUGGGUAAGAUAUUACUUAGUCAAUCCGUCAUACACCAUCAUGCUGCUGUACUCUAAAU